CAAACAAAUAAAGUAAAACCUCAAUUAUCAAUAAUAUACAUACUCAUCAUCAUCUCUCUCAACUCUCAAUACACAAAUAAACAAAGAGUAUUCAUACAUUGGCUAUGGAUUCUUCUUCUUUGAAAUCAUUUCUGAUUAGUUUCAGAGCUUCCGCGAACUCAUUCUUAUCCCAAUACGAGCCUCUGGCUCUGCUCCUCGCUCCUCUCCUCGCCUUCUUCGUCGCUUGCACGCUUCAUUCGUUUCUCACUCUUCUUCACCAACGAGGCCUCAAGGCCACCUUAGUAGGCUUCUUCAUGACCCUCAUCAAGUUGGUUCCUGGUGUCAAGAAUUACAUCGAUGCCGAGAAACAGAAGGUUGUGGAUAAGUUACAGUCUGGUGGUAAAUCGAAGCGAGCGGCUUGGAGGACGGAGUUGCCAAGGGCAGGGUUAGGAGUUGGAGUCAUAGAGAAAAUGAAAGAUGAGAAAAGAAAUGACGUGGCUUGGCAAGGAAAAUGUUCUGGUACAGUGUACAUUGGAGGAAAUGAAUCUGAAGGGCAUUUUUCUGUAAUUAAUGAGGCAUGUUCAAUGUUUGCACAUACCAAUCCAUUGCAUUUGGAUGUAUUCCAGAGUGUAGUACGAUUUGAAGCAGAAGUGGUUGCAAUGACGGCUGCACUACUUGGCAGUCAAGAGAAGGGUUCAGGAGGACAAAUAUGUGGAAACAUGACAUCAGGUGGAACAGAAAGCAUACUAUUAGCUGUGAAAUCAUCACGGGACUACAUGAAAACUAAGAAGGGAAUUACAAAACCUGAAAUGAUAAUUCCUGAAUCUGCACACUCAGCAUAUGACAAGGCUGCACAAUAUUUUAACAUCAAGCUGUGGCGUGUCCCUGUGAAUAAAGAAUUUCAAGCAGAUGUCAAAGCUAUUAGGCGACGUAUUAACAGAAACACCAUUUUUAUUGUUGGAUCUGCGCCUGGGUUUCCUCAUGGUAUCAUUGACCCUAUUGAGGAUCUUGGUGAAUUAGCUACUAGCUUCGGAAUUUGUCUCCAUGUUGACCUUUGUCUUGGUGGCUUUGUACUACCUUUUGCUCGUAAACUUGGGUACCCAAUCCCACCUUUUGAUUUUACUAUUAAAGGAGUGACCUCAAUAUCAGUGGAUGUGCAUAAAUAUGGGUUGGCUCCCAAAGGAACAAGUGUAGUGCUGUAUAAAAAUCAUGAUAUCAGAAAGCACCAAUUUGUUGCUGUUACUGAGUGGUCAGGAGGGUUGUACGUAUCUCCCACGAUUGCUGGGAGCAGGCCUGGUGGUUUGAUUGCUGGGGCCUGGGCAGCAAUGAUGUCUUUGGGGGAAGAAGGGUACUUGGAGAACACGAAAAAGAUCAUGGAAGUAUCAAAGAGGCUACAAAAGGGGAUAGAGGAAAUUCCUGAGUUGUUUAUUAUUGGAAGGCCAGACAUGACGAUUGUGGCAUUUGGAUCUAAUGUUGUGGAUAUAUUUGAAGUUAAUGAUACAAUGUCAUCCAAAGGCUGGCAUUUGAAUGCACUGCAAAGACCCAACAGCAUUCACAUGUGUCUGACUCUUCAACAUGUACCAAUUGUUGAGGAAUUCCUAAGGGAUUUGACGGAAUCUGUGAAGACUGUAAAAGAAAAUCCGGGUCCAAUAAGCGGAGGGCUAGCUCCCGUAUAUGGUGCUGCAGGGAAAAUGCCAGAUAGAGGCAUGAUCCAGGAAUUGUUGGUUAAUUAUAUGGAUGGUACAUGCUAGUAGCCUUCCCUGGGAUUGGUUCUGUUUGUUUCUCUAAGUUUUGAUUUGUACAAGAAUUAUUUGGCUAAAUUGUAAAACAAAAGAUAAUGAUAAUAAUAGUUUAAACUUUCUCCAAUUUAUCCAAAAAAUAACAAUAAUUGUAUAAACUUUCUCCAUUUGAUAUCUUUCACUUUUA